AUGGCUGUGGGAACAGCUGCGAAUGAACGAAUCGAGCACCAUGCGGUGGAGAAGGACAGAAAUCAAGGAUUGCUGCAGCCGCAGGAACUACCUGUGAAGGCUUGUGGAGAGGAAGGCGUUGCCUCCACAUGGGCAAGAUCAGAGUGCAAGAAGGAGGAUGUCCCCAAGGAGAGCGAAAGGAAUGUUGACCUCGGAUACCUCAGUGAGUCGGUGAUAAGCACUGCUUCACCAGCUAUGAGCGAAGCCGGUGAAAGUGGGGAGUCAUCCAACUCGAGUGUUAUGCAAGACGUCCAUGGCAGCGUUGAGUGCCAUUCCCAUGGCUUAAUGCCCUUCGCGGAUCUUGCUGGAACCAGAAGAUCUGCAUCUGAGGCGUCGCAUAAAGCGCGCGCACCGCAAGUUGAGCUGGCCUCAGCACUUGCUCCUCCUUGCUCCUGCGGUGGCUUGCAAUACCUUCAGGAGAUGCUCACCUACAUGGAUGGCUACUGCCAAGGCAUGCGGCCCUGGCAGCAGCAAUGGGUGAGCUUGGUGGAAACAGCAUGCAGGACAGCGCUUGACACCGAUUUUAAGGAGAUGGUGCUGGUGGGAAGUCUGGCCUUGGCUCUGGAGACACCCGGGAGUGAUGUGGACCUCGUGUGCGUGACAAACUCGCCAGCUCAUCAAGUAGAUGCGGUGAGCGUCCUGCGGAAGGUUCGGGACAUCCUUGUUUCAGACAGUCACUCCACAGGAUUUCCAGAAGGCUUUACCGCGCUAGUGAUCGAUGAUGCCCGUAUACCAAUCCUGUCCGUGACGUCGGGAAGCCAGGUCUUGGUCGAUUUGGCCGUGAACUCACACCACUCCAUCCAGCAUGUAAGCUGGUUUCACAACGUUGGUGCUGUGCCUCCAAAUCCUCCGACAGUGGUCAGCGUCCCGGUGCUGACCGUGACGCUGCGCUGUCUGAAGUGGUGGCUGAGGAUGAGACGAAUACCCCGCAUGAAAGAUGGCUCGCUGCCAACAGUGGCAUGGAUGCUGUUGGCAAUGCAUGUUUGCGCGGAGCAAAGUGGAUGUUUCUCACCAGAACUCCUCUCAGAGAACCCACUGGCAGCGGUACUUGCGCUCCUGAGUGCUUUCUUCCAGAGAUACACGACCGUCAGCGGUCUCGAUGGCAAGCUGCAGUUUGAGAAGGGCUCUUCUGUCUCAACCUUCCAGCAGAGCUUCCAGAAGCGGCCUUGCCACGCUGAGCUUGUGGUUCUAGAUCCAGAAUCAGAUAUCAACCUGGCACCGCCGAUGUCGCCGGCAACCCACAUUCUCUUGGUGCACGAGCUGCUUCGUGCAAGGUCCCUUUUGAAGAAUGUGAUGAGCACCGGACAGUGCCAGCAUCUUCACUCGGUUUUUCAGCCGGUGCCCGAGUUUGUGAACUCACUGCCUGCCUCCGCUUCCGACAGUUUUGAUGCACUGGUGGUCCUGGGUGGGAAUGGAGACAGCUCAUGUACAGUUGAGCUUGUUCGCAUUCACAGCAUCCAAAAGAUGCCUUGGUGGCAAGCGCCCUUCCUGGCUCGCUGGGACAUGCAGAGCCGCUUGGAGGCGCACACUUUCUCCGAGCAGCAAGUAGCUGGCCGAUGCACCUUUGUCCAGACGAAGGCCAUCACCCUGGCCCCUUGGAAUUUCAUCUGCCGUGUGGAAACAACCGGCGAUGAGAAGAAGGGGUUGGUUCUGGAUGAUGAGGCCAUGCAUUGCAUGAAGAGUAUGCAGGCAUUGGCAUCUGAGAUGCAGGGCUGGGCUGCGAUCAAAAGCCGGUGA